CACUAUUGCAACUCUGUACUUUUCGCCCGGAAUAGGUGGAACGGCGGAAACUAGUUAGAAUAGAAUCUUUGAACAUGAUCUCGCGCCAGAAGUCAUGUGUUCCAUGCGCGAGAGCAAAACGCCGAUGUGAGCCGCAAACUCCGAAGUGUCCUCGUUGUUUACAGAGGGGCACUCAUUGCUUCUACAAGAAUCAACCGGUCAGGAGCCUCGAUCGAAGACAAGACCCUCUUCAGCUACAAUCUAUUGCUAAAGACCGAGCCCCUGGCAUCGAUAACCGAAGCGGGAAACCGCUCCUUAACGGUGACUCAUCAAAUGAGUACCGAACGGGAGGGUCGGGUGAGACAAUCGGCAACCCUUCAGGUCGCGAAUUAUCUCUUCUUAGCUCUCGACAGAUCCGAAUGCCCGGGCUCCAUCCGACUUGCCCUUUCAUCAUGCCGGUAUCAUUAUUAAAUGCCGACUCCGUUCCCACAUUAACUCACACCGUCAUGAGUUGGCCGGGGAAAUUUCUACGAAAGUUAGAGAUUCCUUUCAUCCAUUCAUCACAGCUGGAUACACCACCGCUUCCUCUCCCCCUCGAAGAGGCAUUUAGCGCAUGUGCUAGUUACGCGGCUAAAAGGGAGGCGACUAAGAGUCUUGUGAUGAACAUAAUUGAAAGGAGGGUGGCACAGCUUAUCGAUUUGGAUCCCUCCAACAUGUCGAUUGAGGCACAUACUGCGUCAUUGCAGGCCUUUCUAAUUCUCCAUCUCAUCCAGCUCUGGGAUGGCGACGUUAGACAACGCACACAGGCGGAGAUGCAUUCUUACAUUCUCGAAAGUUGGGCCCUGCAACUGCACAUGCGUGCGACGGAAGCUUCGAAAGGACAGGACAUAGCCUCAGCCCAGACCUGGGAUUGGUGGGUUAUGAUUGAAAGCGCGCGGCGCACCGCCAUUACGACCAUGCUGACACAAGGCAUUUACGAGAUGGCGAGGUAUGGUGUUUGUUCGUACGUCCCAAACCUAGCUGACAUGCCAUUUACCGCCAACGAUGGUCCGUGGGAGGCCCAGAAUCAAAGUGACUGGAAGGAGAAGAUCGAAGGCUUAGAUGCGGCUGUUACGAAUUACGGUGAUUAUGCCAUUUCCUGUGAUGAAGCCACAUGCGGCCCCCAAAGUGAAUUCGGGAAACUCCUCCUCUUGCCGUGUCCGAGUGCUACCCAGAGAGCAACGCUCCUAUCGGGUCGGAGAGUUAGCAUACCGAGUUAAGGGUCCAUUGCUACUAUGGAGUAGAUGGAGUUGCUUAUUUUCUUAUUUGAUAAAGUCCGAGCCUCAUCAUGCCAGGAAUUUGGGCAGAGGCAGCCAUUGUAUUAUUUCUUAGAUUGGCGUCUGACAUGGGAUAUUAACUCCACUUACAGCAUGUUCGUACUACCUAGCAUCGUACAUAUAUGCGCUUAUUGUCGAUAGUUAAUGUUGUACUACACGACGAUCUAACCAUCCUUGAUGAUGCCUCAUGUCAUGUCAACCGGAGUAAUGUGGGGAAGUACGCACGAGAUAU